AUGGCCAACAUUUGCUACAGAUUUAUUCUUGUAUUCUUUUCCAUCGCGUGUUUAAUUCUUACUGCGUUUGCAAUAACUGGGUCAUAUGAAAACAAAUCCUACUUGACUCCAACCUAUCUCAUAAAUUUCCAUUUGAAUAAAUUGGAUUUACGACAAAUUAUCAGCCCAAGUAUAGGUGACAACAGUAGCAAGAGGAAAAGAGCUGACGAUGACAAUGAUUCUACACCAACAACAACAAGCACUGGAUCAAUUCCUUCCAAUGCUCAACAAUGGAUCAAUGUUGCAAGUAGUAUUGCUGGAAACUUGCCUUCAGAUUUUUCUAGUAUUGCUUCUGCCGUAGGUACCAACUUGCCUUCAUCUGUACCUAGUGAUCUAGCAUCGGUUUUACCAUCGAGUCUUCCUACUGGUGAUGUUGAACUGACCAUUUCCGCCGCUAUUGCUAACUUGUUGAACAAUGUUUCACCGGAAGAAUUGGGCAUUGCUGAUGUUUACUCUGUCAGUUAUUGGGGUUAUUGUCGUGGAGAUUUGAAAAGUAAUAAAUCCUCAGUAUUUGAUGGUGAUUUAGGGAGAUUGGUUGAUGAGAAUUUUGAUAAUUCAAAUGUUGACUACACUUGGUGCUCACCUCCUAAAGCUGGAUAUUUUUUCAACCCUGCGACUGUUAUAAGAGAAGAGUUGAAUAGAACUAUUGAAGGACAGCAAAUUGAUUCGCAGUCGCUGUUGAUAAAUGAAUUGUCUUCUCAGUAUGUCGACGACUUGAAAGUUUUAGUGAACAACAUUGCAGAUGAAUACUUGAAUUUACCUAGUGAUUUGCAAAAUAACUUGGGCACGUUGAACAAUAUCACCAAGGCCUCAUUUGCCAUGAUGAUUAUUGCUGCUGUGUUCUCGUUUAUUUCAAUUGUCUUUCAAAUUAUGGCUAUGUGUCUAUCACCUGACAAUUGUUGCUUGUCCUUCCUCAACUUUGCCUUACAGUUGGUUACGUUUCUCGCAUCGAUUUUAGCCGCUGGUCUUGCAACUGGCGCCUACGUAUUUGUGAGAAGAAAAGUUAAUGACGAGACUGGAGAUUACGGUAUCAAGUCGUUCUUGUCAAUAAACUUUUAUGCUUUUGCUUGGUCGGCUGCCGUUGCUGCCUUCUUGGUUGUUGUAUUUAGUGCAGUAGGUCAUUGUUGUGGUUGCUUUAGUGGAGAGAGAAGAAGGUAUAGACAAGUUGCUGCCUAUGAACAUAAAGGUGAAUAUUGA